GGAUGUGGAAAAUGGAUCAUUUUAAAGCUCAUCUUCACCAAUCGUGUCCCGACGAAGGGACCCGCGUUCGUAUGCUGAAUUCUUUGUCCAAUGUUCGGACGUGACGUCCGAAGGGAAAAUGACCCACUAGAGCUCGGUUCGCUACCCGGAGGGGCCUGCCGACAGCAAUUGCGCCAGGCAUCAUGAGGCAGCAGCAAGCUUGGCCGGCGAGAGCGAAGAAGUCGCCCUUCAUUACUGUCGAGCAGGCUGCGCCGGGGAAGAAACACAGCAGAAGCAACGCAUUCCACAACCGAGACGGGUGAACACUGGCAUCUGAGGGUUGACAACAAAUGGGAAAGACAUUCAGAUACUGUUUGAGGGGAGACAGUAACUUGGACUGUGUCAUCCUAAAUGGCAAAGGGGACUGGGCCACACUUGAAGGAGGCAGUGAUGUCCCUCUUAACACAUUGCCCCCCUUUAGAAGCUCCUUGUUAGAAGUCACUAGGCCGGCUCGUGCCCCUGUGAGGCUUCGAAGCUGAGGGGUAAAGGAGAAGAAAAAACGAGGACAAGUGAGCAACAGACCAGAGGAAAAAAAAGACCGCGGCAGGCCCUCAUGCAGGCGCGUAAGAAAUAUGUUCUGCUGGGCUUGUGUAUGUUCUGCUGGCUGGUUCUCUUUUACUUCGGUAGGGGAGUCCACCUACCUGUACGUCUGCUCCGCAUGCUGACAGGCCAGCAGGGUGAGGUAGUGCGACCCUGGCCCAACUGGACCGACCGGGCCUUCCUGCCCUGCUAUGCGCACCUGAAUGAGCUCCAGACAGACCCCGGGACGUCUGAAUCGCCCCGCCAGCGCCGACAAGCCUGGUCUGUUAUUUAUAAGGACAGCCACUGCCGCAUGGAGACUUGUUUUGACUUUUCGCGGUGUCGGCAUAGAGGAAGAGAAGGGUUCAGGGUGUAUGUAUAUCCCUCGGAGAAAAACGAUCAUGUCUCCGAAAGCUACAAAAAGAUCUUGACAUCUAUAGCUGAGUCACGAUACUACACAUCAGAUCCGCGUGAAGCGUGUUUGUUUGUGCUUGGGAUAGACACCCUGGACAGAGACCAGCUAUCAGGACAGUUUGUGCCCAAUGUGGAUGAACGUAUUCGGGGUUACCCUCUUUGGAAUGAUGGGCGCAAUCACCUGAUCUUCAACCUUUACUCGGGUACAUGGCCCAACUACACAGAGGACCUAGGUUUCAACAUAGGUCAGGCCAUCUUGGCCAGAGCCAGCCUCAAUACAGAACAUUUCAGGCCGGGUUUUGACAUCUCCAUCCCGCUCUUUUCAAAGGAGCACCCGCAGAAAGGUGGUGAACGAGGCUGGUUGGUCAGGAACACAACCCCGCCACGGAGGAAGUACCUGCUGAUGUUCAAAGGGAAGCGUUAUCUCACAGGCAUCGGCUCAGACACCCGAAACGCGCUCCAUCACAUCCACAAUGGGAAGGACAUUGUGUCACUGACAACAUGCCGUCACGGGAAGGACUGGGAAAAGCAUAAAGAUGCCCGUUGUGACCAUGACAACCUGGAAUAUGAGAGGUUUGACUACCAGGAGCUGCUCCACAAUUCCACCUUUUGUUUGGUGCCUAGAGGUCGACGCCUGGGCUCCUUCCGCUUCCUUGAGUCCUUGCAGGCGGCGUGUAUACCGGUGUUGCUGAGCAACGGUUGGGAGCUGCCAUUUUCGGACGUCAUACAAUGGAACCAGGCUGUCAUCGAAGGGGAUGAGAGACUGCUGUUACAGGUGCCAUCCACAGUGAGAGCAGUCGGAAAUGAGCGAGUCUUGGCUCUCAGGCAGAGAACACAGAUGUUGUGGGAAGCCUACUUUUCUUCUGUGGACAAGAUAGUCCUCACCACACUGGAGAUCAUUAAGGAUCGUGUAUUUUCGCACAUAUCAAGGAACAAAUACAUGUGGAACUCCCUACCCGGAGGUCUACUUGUCCUGCCAGAAUAUUCCACUCACCUUGCACAUUUCCCUUUCUACUACUUGGGGUUAGGCAUUAGUCCAAAUCAGGAGUUCACGGCUAUCAUCCAUGCCAUCUCUCCGUUGGUGUCCCAGUCUCAGCCAAUCAUGAAAUUGCUUCAGGUGGUCUCCAAGUCAAAGUAUUGCUCACAAAUCAUCAUCCUCUGGAACAGUGAGAAAGCGCCACCCAGUCGCAGCAAAUGGCCCCCCAUGCCAGUCCCCCUCACUGUGACAGACGGCAAGAGGAAGACCACCAGUCGGUUCCUGCCUCACGUUGCUAUAGAAACCGAUGCAGUGCUGAGUCUGGAUGAGGACACGGUCCUGUUGACGAGUGAGGUGAACUUUGCCUUCCUGGUGUGGCGGAGCUUCCCUGAUCGGAUUGUGGGGUAUCCUCCUCGGAGCCACUUUUGGGAUCCUUUAAAGCACGCCUGGGGUUACACCUCCAAAUGGACCAAUGACUAUUCGAUAGUCCUGACCGGGGCUGCCUUCUACCACAAGUACUACCACUACCUGUUUUCGAACUACCUGCCGCAGUCUUUGAGAGCCCUAGUGGAUCAUAAGUCCAACUGCGAGGACAUCCUGAUGAACUUCCUGGUUUCCGCUGUCACCCACUUGCCACCCAUCAAAGUAGCUCAAAGGAAGCAAUACAAGGAGUUGCCCGGCCCACAGGCCACAAAGAAUGUCCCCUGGGCCAAUCCGGAGCAUUUCAACCAGCGCCAGGAGUGUGUCAACACCUUCGCCAACUGGUUUGGCUACAUGCCUCUGGUCCACUCUCAGUUUCGCCUAGAUCCCGUGCUCUUUAAAGAUCAAGUGUCUGUCCUCCGCAAGAAGUACAAAGACCUCGAGAGGGCGUGAUGUGGCUGACCGUUGAGUUGGUCUGCUGUAGCGGGCUUUCGGAUAGCACCGUCCAACAGGUGGAACGUCAUGAUGCGACGAUGGCCAGCUGACAUGGGGACAAAGGGACUCGAAAACUGUCAUGUGGACAAUCAGACACACCCUGGCGGACUGUCAAUAUAGAAAGUCCUAUUAAGUGCAAAGUGAACUGUAACCCUUCAGUCAUGAGGAUAGAUGGGCUUCUAUUCAAAGGACAGUCUUCAUUGGAAAGCUGAAGAAGGUUCUGAUGUGAGUGCUGUUGCUGUGCAUAUAUGGGAAUGCCAACACCAUCCAAGGAAGGUGGUACCAGUGCCAUGUUCUCGGGCUAUUCUUGUCUCAGUAUUACUGAGCAGGGACUGUCGCCAAGGAAAACAGACAAUUUGACAGGAAAAAGUAAACUGUAAAACUAAUAAAAUCAUUUGUAAAUGCA